ACAUCAUACGCUACUGCAGAACUUGAUUUUUUCAUGUACGUAUCUCAUGAUGAAGACAAGUCCUCUAGUCUUCAUGACGUGCCUUAAAAAAUUUUAGCAAAUUUUAGGAACGGGAAUAAAAAAUAGCGUUAUUGCUUUACGAGGCACGAGCCCUUCAAGGCAUGAAUAUGAGAUCGAAUGGAGAUAACAUAAAAGAUAAUAAUAAUGUUUUUAUAAAUCAAUAAAUAAAUAACAUACGCUUAUACUAAUAUUUAAAUUUGACACUGGCGUAAGCCAAUAAGUUUUUAUUUUAUUGCUUCUAAAUAUAAACUAUUAAUUAAUAAAACAAAAAAUAUUUAUAUAUGAAUAAUUCAAAAAUUCAAAUAAUCGAAAUGAUCUAUCAACACAAAAACAUAUAUCAACUUAAUUUUUAAUUUUUCCAGGGGUGUUUUAAAAAAUAUUACGUUAUGUUACAGUUUGUAGUAUUAUACCGACGUGACUUGGUAAGUUUGUAGUUGACCCCUUCCCGCCUCUCGUCUUUUUAUUGCCAUUAAAUAUACAACCCACGUCUCGUUAAUGAAAAUAUCUUUGGUCAAUGAACUGACGUCAUUCUUUCUGCUUAUUGGGUUAUUAGUGUGUCAUGUGACACAUCGACCAAUAGCAACAAGCUUGGUAUUCUCCGUGCUUGUCGAACAUGCCGCCAUUUUUCCAUUCUCGACGAAAAGACGCUCGAGGUAAGGUGUGGCUGCAGUCAGCUCUCCGGGUCUGUCAGUAAUAUUUUUUUUUUUUGUUGUUUUUUUUGUUCCAUCAUUUUUUUCCGGGAUCGACGUAAUAUAAUUGAUAGCCGAAUAUUUCGUUAAAAAAGAAAAAAAAAAUUAAUCUAGUAUUUUUUUGUUUUUAUCCCUUAAUGUGAUUGCUUUUUUCUUUUUUCGUAUCCAUGUCUGUUUGACAUUUGAGUGAUUAAUAUUUCUACUUCAAUAUUUACAUACUUUACUCUGUUUCCUUUUCCGUUUUCUAUUUUCUGUGAGUUAAAACCCGUCAGUAAUAUAACGCUUUUUUUUUUUUUUGUUUAUUAAAUAUGUGUGCUACUACUAUUAUUUAAAAUGGACGUUUUUUUUAAGAGAUAAAUUGCUGUGAGUUAUCAGUGACAGUGUUAUAAAUUUUGAAGGAAAGAAAAAAAUAUCCGUUUUGACGGCAUACGGACAAAAGAUAUUUUAUUUUUUGUUAAUACCGUGAAAAAAAUAUUGUAAAGGAAACGAAAAUUUAUUUCCUUGUAUUCGCCUUUUUUCUUGUGUAAAGCAUAAUAUAGAGGGCGGUCCACUGAACGCCGCACAGCAUCCCUCCAUGAAGGAUCAUCUUUAAAGUUGUUGAGACAAGGAAAAAAGUGAGAGAGAUAACUAUUUCGAGUGGCGAGGACGCGGCCACUUUUCAACCGGAAAAGGGUUCGAGGCAUGAUGAGCCAUGAUAAUGACGUACCCGGAUGUCAAAUUAUAUUUUUCAUCAACUGAUUUUAUCAAUUUAUCAAGUUUAAUAAAUAUCCGGACAUUAUUACAUUAUCAUCAUUUUUUUUCAACUAUUCACAAUCACCGUAUUGUUUGAAUAUAAACAUUUAUUGUUUGGGAAUUUUUUUUUGAUAUCUUGAUUUCUAUUUUCGCCUGGGUUAUGGUUGUUUAUUUUCAUUACCAGUAAAAUUAAGCACACAGAAGUUUAAAAACCCUCAUAUUUAAAAAAGAAAAAAUUAUUAUAAUUACAUAUCUUAUAAUAAUCAAUUUUAGUGCUAUCUUCAAAUCUAUUUUUAUUAUGUGUCAUUAAUUAAUUGUUUUCAUACAAAAAAAAAAAAAAAAAAAAAAAAAUGAAAAAUAUUCAAGUGACACAAACGAAUACAUAUCUUAGUUCGAAUUUAUUUAAAUCUUAUACUUAACAAUCCGAUUUUUAAGUUAAAAAAAAAAUAACUAUGCCGGGUAGUGAGAUUAAUAAUGAAGAGGGCUUUGUGGGGCCUGAAUGGCUUUUUCGUGAACUACGAUCACAGGCGAGUCGAGAUAAACUUUUGAUACUGGAUUGUCGUGCUCAUUCAGAUUUUUCUGAAGCCCACAUUCGAGGCUCCGUACCUCUUGCCAUACCUAGUAUAAUGCUCAGACGUCUAUCAGCUGGAAAAGUUGACUUAUUGUCAACAAUAAGAUGUCUUGAACUGAGAAAUCGUGUUGAAGUUUUUUUGUAUGGUGAGGAUGAUACCAGAGGAACAUUCAUAUUAAUUGGUGACGCAACUGAUCUAGCUGGCCAUCAAAGUGAAACAAUACAAGUAUUGAGCAGACGAUUGAGAUGCAAUGGUGGCAGUGUCGCAACACUUAUUGGUGGUUUUGGAGAAUUUAAAGAUAGAUAUCCAGAAUGGUGUGAAGGUAGUCAGACAAAUGCUGGAGGACAAAAUAGUCCAGAUACAAAUGUUGGUGAACUUAUGGGAUUAAGAUCAUUGAGGAUAUCAACGCCACCAACAAGAGCAUUUUCUGACUCUGAUAGUGACAGUACUUGUGAUUCAGUUGGUCCAGAUGAGGAUAAAGAUUUUCCAGUUCAAAUAAUGCCACAUCUUUAUCUUGGCAAUGCAGCAAAUAGUGAGGAUCAUGAAGCACUAUCACGUCAUCGAAUACAAUAUAUACUUAACGUUACACCAGAUCUUCCAAAUGUCUUUGAAGGCACUGGUGCAAUUAAAUACAUGCAGAUACCAAUAAGUGAUCAUUGGAGCCAAAAUUUAGCAAGUUUUUUUCCUCAGGCAAUAAAAUUUAUUGAAGAAGCAAGAAGCUUGAAUAAAGGUGUAUUGGUUCACUGUCUUGCUGGUGUAUCACGAUCAGUUACAAUAACAAUUGCAUAUAUAAUGCAUAAAUGUAAUGUAUCACUAAAUGAAGCAUUCAAUUUAGUGAAAAGUAGAAAAUCAAAUGUUGCACCGAAUUUUCAUUUUAUGGAACAAUUGCAUAGUUUUGAAGGUGAAUUACGUGAUCGUGGUGAUAUAAAAAAUAGCAAUGAACAUUGUAUUGGUACAUGUCAACCAAGUGGAACAUGUAAUUGUCCAGCUCCAAGUUUUUUAAGCCCAAUUGAGCUGGGUUUCAUGAGUCCAGAUUCAGGAAUUGAAUUUGACAGAUGGGCUGCAACAACACCAGCUGAAUGAGACGGGUCUGAGGGGACCCAAUACAAAUUUUAGGUGUCUCCCUGUAUAUAAAACUUUAUUUUUGAAUUAUUAUAUCUACAACUGUUCAUCACGUACUGAAUAAAAAAAAAUUUUUAAUAAAAAAUGUGACAAAACAAAUUUUAAAAAUUAAAACUUAAACAAAAAAAAUUCAGACAAAAUAUAUAAAAAAAAAAAAAUUUUGUUUUGUCGCAUUUUUUAUGGAAAUUUUUUUUUGUCAUGUAAUCAUCACGGACAAGAGACGACUUGAUAAUAUAAUAUAAUAUAUGUAGUUACAUCUUUCCAUCUUUUAAGAAAAAUUACAAAUAAAAAUGUUCGAAAAUCGUUUGCCGGUCAAACAAAUUUUUAAUAAUAACAAUUGAAAGGUUUUUUUCUUCAAACUUUCAAUUCUAAUGGCUUUGUUAUAUGAGUCAUCAUGCACAUAAUGUUUGUUGUAGGUAAUUAAAUCUGCAGAGCAGGUUAAAUCUGUAAAAAAAACUAACUAUUUUAUAGAGAAUAAAAAAAAUAAUACGAAGCUUCCCGUCACAUGCUUGUAUUCACGUUUAUGUUAAACAAUUUUUUUUUUUUUUUUUGUAACAGAAACAUUAAAAUAAUAAUAGAAAAAAUUUUUUUAUGACUUAGGGAGAGAGUUAGAUAUGACUGUUGACAAUUCUACGUAAAUCACACGAUAGUAGUUGACAUCUUAGUUUUUUUUAUGUUAUAUAUUUUUAUUAUUCAUAAAAAAUAAAAUAAUAAUA